AUGGCUGAUUUAGAUGAUAUUGGAAUUGAAAUAAAUGAUACCGAUGAGCGAUGUAUUGAUAUUAUUGAAAAUUGUCCAUCACCUCCACCACCAUUCCAUCGAGAUAAUAUCCAACAAGAAAUAAUUAUUCAACCACCUGUAAUAUUUAAUGAUCAAGAACAAAGGAUUACUUUAAAAAAUAUUGUUCCAUUUGAUAAUAUUUUUUUUAAUGAUGCAAAAAUUUAUCUAUUUGAAACAAUGAAAAAUAAUUCAUCAAUAUUAAAUGAAACAAAGAAAAAAUCAGAUCAAAAUUUCUUUCAACGUUUUAUAAAUUUUUUUCGUUCAGCCAUAACAUCACAUAAUACAUUAGAAUUUAAUCGACAAUGUGAAGAAUUACUUAAUUUAACAACAUAUUCAUGUAAUAUGUCUGAUUGUAUUCAUAUACGUAUUUUAUAUACAAUUUAUCGUCGUUUAACAAAUUCAAAAGAAAUUUUUUAUACUACACUUGGUCCACAUUGGGAAGAUAUUGGUUUUCAAACAUCAAAUCCUGAAACAGAUUUUCGUUCAACUGGUCUUUUUUCAAUAUUUUUUCUUCUUUAUUUUGUUGAUUCAAUGUAUUUACCAUUAGCAAAACAAAUUUAUCAAUUUUCACAUGAUGAACAACAACAAUUUCCAUUUUGUUGUGUUGGUAUUAAUUUAGCUAAUAUACUUAUAAAAUAUCUUCGACGAACAAUAGCUCGAAUGAAUGUAGAAAAAUUAAUUGAUGAAAAACAAACAGAUCAUACAGCUAUUGAUUUAUCUGGUAAAUUAUUUAUUGCACUUUAUUUAAAUUUUUAUUUAAAAUGGAAAGAUAAUUUGUAUACAAUUGAAUAUACACAACAAGUAUUAAAUGAACUUGAACAAUUAAUAAUGAAUCGACCAAAAAUUUUACUUGAAGAAUUUGAUAAUUAUUUUCAAAGAAAACAAAUUGAAAACAAACAUGAAAAGUCACAACAAUAUGAAUAUAAACAAACAAAUGAGAAUGUUUUUUGA